AUGGUUUGCCUAGGGCCGAGUGAUCAAGGAUGUGAUUCCUUUGAUGUGUGUAUGGUGGCACGUGAAACUACACCGAGUGCGGUCGGCCGUGAGAGCACCGCACUGAAUGUCGGUAAUGACAUUUUUGGCCAUAUGCCAUUUAGUGUGGGCGGCCGUGAAGGCACCACGCUUAACGUCGGUAAUGGCGUUGUUGGCGAUUCGCCAUAUAGUGUGGGCGGCCGUGAGGGCACCACACCUAAUGUCAAUAAUGAUAUUGUUGGCGAUACGCCGUAUAGUGUGGACGGCCGUGAGGGCACCACGCUUAACGCCGGUAAUGGCGCUGUUGGCGAUACGCCGUAUAGUGUGGGCGGCCGUGAGGGCACCACACCUAAUGUCAGUAAUGAUACUGUUGGCGAUACGCCGUAUAGUGUGGACGGCCGUGAGGGCACCACACCUAAUGUCGGUAAUGACCUUAUUGGCGAGACGCCGUUAUAUUCAGGGCUAGACCCGCAUAAUACACGUGGAGUGGCACGUUUCUAUCCACUGGGUGAAGUGUUCGAGUUAUGUAACACUUCACCGAAUGUCGGUCAAGACAAAAGCUCUCGUAUAGAGCGUCUCGAAGAGACGAUCGAGACGCCGGGUAGCUACUUUUAA